UCCCGAUCUGAUCGAAGGAUGACCCUCUCGCCGCCAAUCGCUGACGCCACCGCUCCGCCCUUUGUCGACGGCCGCAAGGUCCUCUGCAACGGCAAGGUCGAGCCGUGGACUGGCCCAGUGCAGGAGGUGUUUGCACCCAUCUACAAGGCGGCCGGCUCGGAGGAGAAGGUGCUCAUCGGCUACCAGGCUCGGAUGGACGAGGCGGCGUCGCUCAAGGCCCUCGACGCGGCCGUCGCAUCGUGGAGCCACGGCCGCGGCGAGUGGGCGCUCGCCACGCCAGAACACCGGAUUGCCAAGAUCGAGGAGCUCGUCAAGGAGCUGAAGACGGUUCGCGAGCAGAUUGUGCAGGUGCUCAUGUGGGAGAUCUGCAAGUCGGCGGCGGACGCGGCCAAGGAGUUUGACCGGACGAUGGACUUCAUCGCGGGCACCCUCAAGGAGUACAAGGCGAUGCUCAAGGCCGACAACGCCUUUGUGCAGAUGGACGGCGUGCUCGCGCAGUCGCGGCGCGGCCCGAUCGGUGUCAUGCUCAACUUGGGCCCGUUCAACUACCCGUUCAACGAGACGUACUGCACGCUCAUCCCCGCGCUGCUGAUGGGCAACUCGGUGGUGAUGAAGCUGCCCAACGUCGGCUGCCUCGCGCACAUCUGCUCGAUGGAGACGUACGCCAAGGUCUUCCCGCCCGGGGUGGUCAACUUUGUGUCGGGUGCGGGCCGCACGACGAUGCCUCCCAUCAUGGCGACCGGCAAGGUGGACAUCUUCGCCUUCAUCGGCGGCUCCAAGGCGGCGGACGCGCUGCUGAAGAUCCACCCCGAGCCUCACCGGCUCAAGGCCUCGCUCGCGCUCGACGCCAAGAACUUGGGCGUGGUGAUGCCGGACUGCGACAUGGCGGCCACCGUGACCGAGGUGCUCGCGGGCUCGCUGUCGUACAACGGGCAGCGCUGCACCGCGCUCAAGCUGCUGUUUGUGCACGAGUCGAUCGCCGACGCCUUCCUCGCCGCGUACUGCGCCAAGGUGGACGAGCUCAAGAUCGGGCUGCCGUGGGAGAGCGGCGUCAAGCUCACGCCGCUGCCCGAGCCAAACAAGCCCGCGUACCUGCGCGAGCUGAUUGCCGACGCAAAGUCGCUGGGAGCAAAGGUGGUCAACCAGCUCGGCGAGCAGGAGGCGGGGCCGUUUGUCCGCCCGACCGUGCUGUACCCGGUGAGCGAGAAGAUGCGGGUCUGGCACGAGGAGCAGUUCGGACCGCUCGUGCCCGUCGUCCCCUUCCGCGAGCUCGACGACGUGUACGCCUACCUCGCGCAGUCCACGUUUGGGCAGCAGGCCUCGGUCUUCGCCGGCGACGUCGUCAAGUGCGCGCCGCUGCUCGACGCCCUCGCAAACUCAGUCGGACGCGUCAACAUCAACGCGCAGUGCCAGCGCGGCCCCGACUACCUCCCCUUUUCCGGCCGCAAGUCGUCCGCCCUCGGCACCCUUUCGGUCACGGAGGCGCUCAAGACGGUCUCCACCGAGUACGUCGUCGCCACCAAAGACAACGCGAUGGGCAAGGCGGGCAUGCUCAGCCUGGCGGGCGCACAGUGCAACUGCGUCGCCUCCCUCAUCUGAGGCCCGCCGUCCUCCUUGCUCUCCUGUGCGCCCUGCGGGAGCGGGGGCGUCGCUGCGGCCGCACGCGCCCUCGCCUCCGGGCAUUUACUUAUGACCGCAUGACUUGCCCCGUCGCCCCCCUUCGCCCUCGCCCUCGCCCCGCCCCAUUCCGGACGCCGCGCGAUCUCGUCGCUCCAACCGCUGGCGAGCCUCUCCGCCCUAGUGCACAGCGCGGAGUUGUUCUGCCCCCAUGGAGUUUCGAGCCUCGCAUGCGCGUUCAAAGUCCGGAUGCGGAUCGUGUCGGCGCUCCUCUGCGCACGCACGAUCGUGGGCGCCGGUUGCGCCGUAUUCGUCUUCCUCAGUCUCGUGUAAUAUUUCAUUGGGUUGGUUUGAUUUUCGA